AUGGAGCGCCUGGGUGAGGGUGCGGCAGGUACAGUACGAAAAGUACUCCAUCGACCCACGAAUCGUAUUAUGGCCAAAAAGUCAAUCUCGACAGAUCCGGAUCCGGCCGUUCAGCGCCAGAUUCUCCGAGAACUUGCUUUCUUGAGAACCUGUAACUCACCCCACAUCGUUUCAUUCUACGGCGCAUUCUUGGAUGACGGUGAUACUACUGUCUCACUCUGCAUGGAGUUUUGUGAGGCUGGAAGCUUGGAAGAUAUCUACAAAAGAGCAAGUUUACUUGGAGGUGUUAUCGGAGAGCCUUUCUUGGCUCGGAUUGCUGAAUCAGUGUGUAAAGGUCUUGUGUACCUGCAUUCAAAGCGAGUUAUUCAUAGAGAUAUCAAGCCAUCCAAUAUCCUUGUUACUCGAUCGGGUGAAAUUAAGUUGUGCGAUUUUGGAGUAUCAGGAGAAUUGAUCAACUCUGUUGCCCAAACCUUCACGGGAACCCAAUAUUACAUGGCACCUGAGCGUAUUCAAGGAAAUGCUUAUCAAGUCCAGUCUGAUAUCUGGUCUCUUGGUCUUACUCUUAUCGAAGUCUCACAAAACUGCCCCGCCUUACCGCCCCCUGGACAGCCUCAUCUGUCAAUCUUUGAACUCCUUGAUUUUAUCGUACGCCAACCUGUUCCUGUAAUUGAAGGCGCACACAUUUCGGAAGAAUGUAGAAACUUUGUAGCAGUUUGUUUAACAAAGGAUCCUCAAUAUCGACCAGGACCCAAUAGAAUGCUCGAACAUCCCUUUAUUGCUCUGUGGGAGAAUGUGGAAAUGGACUUAGGCUCCUGGGUAAAGGAAGUAUGGGGAUGGGAUUAA